GAAUGCUUCAAUCCAGUCAUGAUUGAUUUGUACGCAUCCAGAAAUAUCAAUUCAUAAAACAAAAAAUAAAAAAGAAGCUAAGCAGAGUGAAGAGCAUGAAGCAGUGGCACCACGGGGUUGACCUGGAAGUGCGCAUCCCACCCGGCCGCCCGCAACCAGUCGACCACCGCGCCACCGCCGUGGAGAGGCCGCAUAUACCGGAUCUGGGUAAAUCUGCUCCAUUCCGGCACCAUCCGGAUCUCGAGGUACGCAGCUGUCGCGUUAGCAAUGGCGUCCGUGCUGUUCCCGUGGCUGGCAUGGCUGCUCGUCUCCCUCGCCGCCGUCUACCUCCUCGGGCACGGCCGGCGGCGUGGCCGGCCACCAGGGCCGCGCCCUCUGCCCGUCAUCGGCAGCCUCCACCUGCUCGGCAACCAGCCGCACCGCUCCCUCGCGCGCCUAGCCAAGGUCCACGGCCCGCUCAUGUCCCUCCACCUGGGCGCGGUCACCACGGUGGUGGCCUCCUCCCCGGCAGCCGCCCAGGAGUUCCUGCAGAGGCACGACGCCGUCUUCAGCAACAGGUCCGUGCCGGACGCCGCCGGCGACCACUCCCGGAACUCCUUGGUCUGGCUGCCCAACGCGCCGCGCUGGCGCGCGCUCCGCAAGAUCAUGGGCACCGAGCUGUUCGCGCCGCACCGGCUGGACGCGCUCCAGCACCUCCGGCGCGACAAGGUGCGGGAGCUCGUGGACCACGUCGGCCGACUGGCGCGGAGAGGGGAGGCCGUCAACAUCGGCCGCGUGGCGUUCACGACGUGUGUGAACCUCAUCUCCUGCACCAUCUUCUCGCGCGACCUGACGAGCCUCGACGACGACGGCGGGUCCGGGGAGUUCCAAGAGGUGGUGACAGACAUCAUGGAGGCCGGGGGCAGCCCCAACAUCUCGGACUUCUUCCCGGCGCUCGCGGCGGCCGACCUGCAGGGCUGGCGGCGGCGCCUGGGGCGGCUGUUCGCGCGGCUGCACCGGACCUUCGACGAGGAGAUCGACGCGAGGCUGCGCGGCCGCGAGACUGGCGGGCCCAAGAAGAACGACUUCCUCGACCUGCUGCUCGACGCCGCGGAGGACGGCGACAACACGGCGAGGCUGGAUCGCGACACGCUACGAUCACUGUUCACGGAUCUAUUUGGUGCUGGGAGUGACACAAGUUCUAGCACACUAGAAUGGGCAAUGACAGAGUUGCUUCAAAGCCCAGCUUCAAUGACGAAAGCUUGCGAUGAACUUGCUACAGUUAUUGGCUCAAAAAGAAGCAUAGAAGAAUCUGAUAUUGACCGGCUGCCCUAUCUUCAAGCAGUGGUGAAGGAAACUUUCAGGCUACAUCCUCCUGUUCCGCUUUUGAUACCACGGCAUACAAAGGUCGAUACAAAGAUAAUGGGGUACACAAUUCCUCAAGGCUCUCGUGUGUUCAUAAACGUAUGGGCAAUGGGCAGAGACAAGGAGACAUGGCCGGAACCUAAGAAGUUCAUGCCCGAGAGGUUUCUGGGAAGGACGGUUGACCUUAGAGGUGGGGACUUCGAUCUCAUCCCGUUUGGCGCAGGCCGUCGGAUCUGCCCAGGAAUGCCGCUGGCAAUCAGGAUGGUGCAUCUGAUUCUUGCGUCGCUGUUGAAUCAGUUCACAUGGAGACUUCCAGAUGAGGUUGAAAGAAAUGGGGUUGACAUGGCUGAAAAGUUUGGCGUGACAUUGACCAAGGCUGUGCCUCUUUGUGCUUUUGCCACACCACUUUGAUCGGAGUAUCUUGCAUGGGAUUUAAGUCCUCCAACUUAUGUAACUUUAUGAAAUUGGAGCAAUCAUCCAUCUUAAUUCUAUAGAUAUAUAUGUGGUGUGCAUAA